AUGGGGCCUAGGGUGGAGGGUAGUUGUUGGAUGGGUUUGGGUGGAGUGGUUGUGGGAUGGGUUUUUGGGGUGGAGCUUGAGGGUGGUGGCCAUGGGGGAAUGGAGAGAGAGAGAGAGAGAGAGAGAGAGAGAGAGAGAGAGAGAGAGAGAGAGAGAGAGAGAGAGAGAGAGAGAGCAUUUAUUCACCCAAUGCUUAUCGUGGUUUUGCUCGCGAGCUCAUCAAGGAUUUGGAAAGAAUCAGUUUUCACAAAAUUUAAUCAUGCAAUGCAGGAGGUGAAUAAAGGGCAACAGAUUUGGUCCCAUGUAGAUGGUGGCAGGCCGGCAGUGGAGGUUAGCGGCUGCAGAUGGCUGGAGGUGGCUAGCGGUGGGCGUCCGGAGGUGGUCGGUGGUGGCACCGGCAGGUGGUUGGCUGACGAUGGCGGUUGGCUGGAUAUAGACAUGUGGCAUAGUAUGCUUGCCUUAGAAUGA